UUUACGGCGCACCAUAGACUUGCAAAGCGUACCAGGAUGUCUAGUUUUCGAGACAUGUACGAUUUACUAACCGGGAAGAACAUCGACCAUCAGACGUUCGAGAGUAUAUCCACGAUUGUGCAGAAACGGUUUAUGAAUGUGGGAAAUUGGUUUCAGGUUGGAUCGGCGCUUGCUUUGCUGUUGCUGGAAGAUGAUCUAUCAAUGCCUGUUCAUAGAUUAGCUGCAAUUUAUGUACUGCACGAUAUCCGCCGAAGAGAGCAAGCGGAAUCGCCAUUCUUCCUUUUCCUAGCACGUUUUCUUGAGCCAACCAAUGGGCUGCUCGCAACCAGCAGCCCUGGUCACUCACUCGAACUCAAGUUUAUCCAUCUUCUAUUGUCUAAUGGUGAUCCGGAGAUCGAGAAAAAAUCUCCCCGACUGUUGUGCCAAACGUUCGGCACCAUGCUACCAACUACGCCGGCCGAAAUCGUGUACAUUCAGGCAAAGGUUACCGAAAGGCUGAAAGAGCUUCCGCUGACGGUACGUUCAAACAUCAUGAACGUCAUCCCUGCCAUUCAGAUGAUGCCUGGCCGGGAACAAACCCACAAAAACUACACCGGUGCAGCCGUGGAAGAGCUCAUCUCUGCCAUGACAUUGCACACGAGCAACCCGCUCACGAAUGCCCUCGGGCCGACGUUUAUGUCGGUCGCACCACCCCUACUAACGUGCGAGGAAGAGUUGAUAUGGCUGGACCUGGGUAGCCCGUCGUAUCACAAACCAGUCUACAACAGCUGCAGCGAUGCGGAACCAACCCCGGACAAGUGCUUGCGCACGCUACUACUUCAAUCCUUCCGGCAGGCUCUCAGCAUUGCGGAUCAGCAGACGUUACUCACUGAGCUAGAGAAGGACACGCAACAGACCCAUCUGUCGUGCGUAACACCGGAAAAGCUUCCCAACCUGAUCGAAUACAAUCCAAUUAUUGCGAUCGAAAUUCUCAUGAAAAUGCUAAAAACGCGCCACAUCAACGCCUACCUUGACGAGAUCGUCAACAUGGAACUGUCGCUGCACUCGAUGGAAGUGGUCAAUCGGCUAACAACGUCAGUCGACCUGCCGGCGCACUUCGUGCACCUUUACAUCGUCAAUAGCAUUGCGACGUGCUCGACCAUCAAGGAUAAGUACAUGCAGAACCGGCUGGUGCGACUGGUUUGCGUAUUUCUGCAGAGUCUCAUCCGGAAUAAGAUCAUCGACGUUAAGCAACUGUACAUCGAGAUCGAAGCGUUUUGCAUCGAGUUCAGUCGCAUCCGGGAGGCGGCUGCAUUGUAUCGAUUGUUAAAGCAGCUUGAGCUUGAUCAAGGAGCGACCGGUAGUGGGGUUGGGGGCAGCGGAAGCGCUAGUCAGUCACUAAAAGAAAGUGGGCAAUGACAGGUACCGGCAAAUGAGUGAGUAGGGAAAAUAAAUUACAAACUUUCGGGGGAUUUUUUUAUGUAAGCAAGCGCGCUUCGUACAGGAACUGAAACUGUAACAGAUAUAUAAGAACUUAUUUAAAAAUAAACCAAUCUUAACGCAAA